UGGGCUGGGGAAGGCCGCAGGGGGAGGAAAGGAAUGUUGGCUGCCCCUCCUUCGGCUGACGAGCCGUCAUUGCAGCCUCGCGCCCCUGGUUGCCCGCUGGCUCCGUCCCUCUGUGCUUUGGCGGAUCACCCCAGCUCGGAUUAGGGAAGUGAGUGGGUGAAAUCCUGCGGUGUCGCUGAUUUCUGGACUGGGCUCCUUUGAACUCGACCUCGUAGUGGGGAGGAAGCCGCUAACGGUGGCAUUCCGCGCACACACAGGGCUCUGAGGUUAAGACAGAUCCUGGCACUGAAGUGGAAGUAGGCUUUGGGGCGGAAGGUGGCUGCAUUCUUUGUCACAGUUGCAGACUUCUGCAACCCACCUUUUCCCCAUGUUGCAACGUCUGGCAGUCAGUGGUAGCCAACGGAGCUGCUUUUGGGUGGUGGUCUCACAAAGAAGGUGUGAGCUGCUACAUAAGGAGUUCCGAUUCGGAGAGCGCAAUCUUGUGUGUGCAUGUCUACUUGCAUGUAAAUCGCAUUAGAUCAGUGGGGCCGAUUCUCGGGUAAAUGCUGAUAGGAUUGCAAUAUGAGUUUCUUUUGGUGGGAGAAAGGCUGAGAUGAAUGGAUGGGAAGAAGCGAGCAGCUGUGGCACACAAUAGAGACAAUGCCAGUAGAGAAGCAAGAGUAGGUGUGUAUGAGCUGGCCGAUAAUGGGAGAAAUAGCAACGUUUUCCAAGACAAGGUUGGAUGUUCAUAAGGGGUUUUGACCUGUGUUGCGUAUGCCACUUGAUACACAUUAGCUUGUGUGGAAGACAGAAUUUUAUUUUCAUAUCUGCUCAUUUUGAGAUUGGUAUAGCAAUGUAUGGCCACCUAAAUGUAUGUCAACCUCCUUGUUCUUCUUGUGUCAGUUGUAAAUGGAUGGGUUCUACCUAGAGUGCAUUUUUAGACCUUCCUCCUGAUAGAUUGGGUUUUUCUAUAGAGUAUUAAGGGGUUGUUGGGGGUUUUUUGUUUUUUUGUUUUUGUUUUUUGUUUGGCAUUUUAACCUAAAAUCUUGAAAUUGAGUCUUACUAUAUUUAUUCAUUCACUUCUUAUAUUUCUAUAUUGCCCAAUAGCUGAGACACUCUGGGCAUGGUCUGCAAAGAUUAAAAAUGUAUUAGGUAUUUUAAAUUUAACAUUAAAUGUGUAAACUACAUUAUUGCAAAUAAUAUAAAAAGCAUUUACAUGCAACACAUGCAGUUCUAGCAAUCAACAAUAAGAAAUCCUAGAACCCAAUUAAAAACAUUAUCAUAGUCUGUCCGUGGCUGAGAGUAGAAGAAAAUCUUAACCCGGUACUGAAGACAGCAGCAUUGGCAUUGGGUGGAUCUCACCAGGGAGGUCAGCCUAUAAAUUGAAAGUCAUCUCUGGGAAGGCCUUCUUCCCUUGUUUCCCUUGCGCUUCUUUCAGAGGAGGUAUUCGGAGGACCAUCUUCAGUGCCUUCUCAGAGGGAGUGCUGCAUUGUGCACCCUCACUGGCAAGGGCACAUUCAGUACUGGAAAGCCAAUGUGAUGUAGUGGAGAGAGUGCUGGAUGGGGAUCCAGGAGACCCAGGUUCUAAUUCCCACUCAGCUGUGAAGCUCACUGGGUGACCUUGGGCCAGUCUCAGACUCUCAGCCCAACCUACCUCACAGGGCUGUUGUUGUGAAAAUAAAAGGCAGCUAUUUAAGCACCUUGGGCUCCUCACAAGAGGGAAAAAGGCAAGAUAUAAAUGCUAAUAAUAAUAGCUCAUAACAAUAGAUGAGGAAUUCAUGGUGCGAUCCUGUACAUGUGUACUGGGAUGUAAGUCUCACUGUUUUCAUUGGAGCUUACUUCCAGGACUGAAGUAGCCCCUGUAAUGGCUUCCUAUGUGAGAGAUACCUCCGUGCUGGACCCCCCAUCUGGGCCUCCUCUGGAGACUCAGGCACCACUGAGAAAAGGUAACAGAAAAGGAGGGCUGCCAGAAGCCAAGCGGAAGGGACGGGCCAAGAGACUGAACAAAGAUGCGGAGGAGCUGCUGUCAAGCCUGCAGCAAUUGGAUCUUGCUGUGGAAUGUGUGACGCCAGUGGGGACAGGUCUAGUCUGGGAUGAGCGGAUGACAGAGUUUCGCUGCACGUGGGAUGAGAGGUAUUUGAGCUUCCCAGAAUGCCCAGAGCGGCUGACAGCCAUACGGGAGAAAUUGCUGCACUGUAACCUGCUGGAGCGUUGCACCCUCAUGGCGGCUCGUGAAAUUUCUGAGGAGGAGAUUCUCUUGGCUCACAGUCCGGAAUACCUGGCCCUGAUGAAAUCAACAGAAACAAUGAGCGAGGCUGAGCUGAGAUCUCUGUCAGACACAUACGAUUCUGUCUACCUGCACCCAAAUUCCUACCGCUGUGCCUGCCUGGCAGCUGGCUCCGUUCUGCAGCUUGUGGAGAUGGUGUUGUCUGGGAAGCUCCGUAACGGCUUGGCUUUGGUCAGACCACCCGGACACCAUGCUCAGCGCAACAAGAUGGAUGGCUACUGCAUGUUCAACAAUGUCGGCAUUGCAGCUCAAUAUGCCCGGCAGAAAUUGGGGGUGGAGCGGGUUCUUAUUGUUGACUGGGAUGUGCAUCAUGGACAAGGUAUCCAAUACCUCUUUGAGGACAAUCCGAGCAUCCUGUAUUUCUCCAUCCAUCGCUAUGAAGGGGGCACCUUCUGGCCUCAUCUUCCGGAAUCUGACUGUCAUGCUGUGGGUAGUGGUCGGGGAGCGGGCUACAACAUCAAUGUGCCCUGGAACCAGGCAGGUAUGCAGGACGCCGACCACCUCGCUGCCUUUUUGCAUGUCCUACUGCCUGUGGCCUUGGAGUUCCAGCCCCAGUUGGUCCUGGUUGCUGCUGGUUUUGAUGCUGCAGUUGGUGACCCCAAGGGGGAGAUGGCAGCCACCCCAGCCUGCUUCGCUCACCUGACUCACCUGCUGAUGCUGCUCUCUGGAGGCAAGGUGGUUCUGUCUCUGGAGGGUGGGUACCAUCUCCAGUCCUUGGCAGAAGCAACCUGUGCAGUCCUCAAGACUCUUCUUGGAGACCCCUGUCCUGUGCUGGAAUCGCCCCUCAUCCCAUGCAGCAGUGCCCUCCGUUCCAUCUCCCAGACCCUGGCAGUGCACAGCAAGUAUUGGAAAAACCUCCGGAGGAUCAGUGUGGAUGCACCCCAGGAGGAUGGAGGAGAGGAGGGUGCCACUUUUCCCCCAGCUGACCCCCUGACAGUAGCUGAGAUCCUGUCCAGGGCAGCGACUGAACUGGUGCAACCCCGGCCCCCUUCCUGCACAGGGCUGGUCUACGAUGAAAAGAUGACAGAGCAUUACAAUAUGUGGGACAGCCAGCAUCCGGAGCUGCCUCAGAGAGUCUCCCGGAUCUUCCAGCGCCACGGGGAGCUGCGUCUGACAGAGCGCUGCUGUCGGCUCCCAGCCCGCCUGGCCUCUGAAGAGGAGCUUCGGAUGUGCCACAGCCUGGCCUAUGUGGAGGAGGUGAAGUCGACUGCCGCCAUGAAGCCCCGUGACCUGCACCGCCAGGGCGACCGCUACAAUUCCAUCUACAUUUGUGCCAACUCCUACGAGUGUGCCCGGUUGGCCACUGGUUCUGCCUUCAGUGCCGUUGAGGCCGUGCUCUCUGGCAAGCAGGUUCAAAACGCUGUGGCUAUCGUCCGACCUCCUGGGCACCAUGCUGAAUCAGACACUGCCUGUGGCUUUUGCUUCUUCAACUCAGUGGCUCUGGCAGCACGAUACGCGCAGCGCCUGGCUGGACAACCCAUGAGGGUGAUGAUACUAGACUGGGAUGUCCACCAUGGCAAUGGGACACAACACAUGUUUGAAGAUGAUCCCAGCAUCCUGUAUGUCUCCCUCCAUCGCUAUGACAAUGGGAUUUUCUUUCCCACCUCGGAGGAUGCAGGCUAUGACCAAGUGGGGGUGGGGCCCGGCAAGGGCUUCACCCUCAACGUGCCUUGGAACUGCCCCCGCAUGGGAGACCCCGAGUACCUGGCGGCCUUCCACCAGGUGAUCAUGCCUGUUGGCUAUGAGUUCAAUCCAGAGCUGGUUCUGGUUUCUGCCGGAUUUGAUGCUGCUCGGGGGGACCCACUGGGUGGGUGCCUCGUUUCUCCGGAAUGCUACGCUCACAUGACCCACCUGCUCUUGAGCCUGGCAGGCGGCAAGGUGGUGCUGGUGUUGGAGGGUGGCUACAACCUGGAGUCUAUUGCUGAGUCCAUGACCAUGUGCACACGCAGCCUCCUGGGGGAUCCUCCCCCCAGUCUGGGACGCCUCAAGGCCCCCCACCCCAGUGCCCUGCAGUCUCUGGCCUGUGUUGCCGCUGUGCACCGCAAGUACUGGAAAAGCCUCCGACUGAAAGUGCCUGCUCCUCUAUGGGAGAAGCCCAGGACCCGAGCUGCGAAGAGAACUCCCGUUCCAGACAAGAUCCCCAUAGAGCCCUCCCAGGAGCCGCUUGACAGCCCCACGGCGCAACCUGUGGCAGAGACUGUUGAUGAUGCCAUGACGGUGUUGGGCUCCCUCCAGCUAGAAGACAAUUUCAUGGAAGAAGGAGAGACAGCCUCAAGCUCUCUCUCUCCUGACUCCAGUCCGGUAGGAGAGGAGACCCGGCCAAAGACUGGGAGCUCCCCUGAAGAAAUGAAGCCAGCAGCGGAGCCCCAGAAAGAGGGAAUGUCUGUGGGGAGCUCUUCUGCAGAAGCGGAGUUUCCUGACAAUGAGGCAAAAGUGAGCCCACCUGAUCUGCCUCCCGGGCUGGCUGAGGAUCACUUGCUUGAUGAAGCCGCAGGUGGCUGUUCCUCUUUCUGUGAGCUGCUUGGAGUGGAUCUUGCAGAUGCCGGGCUGCUUUAUGCUGUGACUCCCUUACCGUGGUGUCCCCACCUCGAGGCGGUGCUCCCCGUGCCUCCUGCCGGCUUGAAUGUGCUGGAGCCCUGUGCAGAAUGUGGCAGCAAGGCUGAGAAUUGGGUCUGCCUGGUUUGCUAUAAGGUUUGCUGUGGCCGCUACAUUAAUCAGCACAUGGUAGCACACAAUUCUGAAACUGGGCAUCCGUUGGUGCUCAGCUUUGCAGACCUCUCUGCCUGGUGCUAUGAAUGCCAAGCCUACAUCCACCACCCGACUCUCUUUGAUGCCAAGAGCCACGCUCACAAGUUGAAGUUUGGGGUGGACAUGAUGAUCCCUGCCUAAUGUGGCUCCUUUAAGAGGGAGAUGCAUUUACCGAAUGCAGCACAAUUGACCAUCACUUGACCUCAGUGGAACUGAACCUGAUGCUUAAAAGGGCUCUUGAUGUGCCAAAAAUAGUCUGCGAUCAUCAAUGCAAUACCACCAGCAGCCAUGACUCAAACACCAGCAGCCUCAUUGCUUUUACAAUGUUCUUUUAGUGCAUUCCACAAUGGGCCACAACCAAAUUAUACAGCAGUAGGGAGGUCUGUGCUUCCCCGGUGCAGAAGAUGUACGAGUGCCAUUUCUUUUUCUUAGAGGGACAGGGCAAAUGUUGAUGUCUGUCUGCAUUUCCAGUGUCAUAUUAUACAGCAUGCCCUUUUCUUUCCAUUCCCGUUGUCUGCCCCCAAAUCCCUGAAUAUUUCACUGAGUCAUUCUUCCUCAAUAUCUUAAUAGCUUCAUACUUAGCAGAAGGAAAUUUGUGCUGAAUGUGCAGAGGGAGGGGAGAAUGUGUGCCCCCUUCAUUUCUCCCCACACCAUUUAGUCAAGAAUGUUUUCAGCAUUGAGACAAAAGUAUGUUUUGUGCAGGUGGGUUCCCCCUUGCCUCUGAGAAGUUCAACUCCAGAAGGAUUGUACUACAAAAUGUUUUCUGUUGUGAGUCCAGCUUUUCUCUAAAAUGGGGGAUAUCACUGAUUUCUAUAUACUCGUGUGCGCACACACAUAUUAUAUAUAUCUAUAUAUAGGAUGGCAUUGUUUGGUUUGCUUGAUAAGACUCUACAUGCAGUAGCAGGCAAAGUGCUUGAGAGGAUGAGACGCAUGGCCUUUUCCUCUAGACAAUAGGGGUGGGGUGAGGGAAGCAGGGAUGGCAGCCCAUGCUUCCUCCUCCUCUAACCUCGGCAAGGACUCAGAUCAUGAUGCUAGGGCCAAAUCUCCUACUUCCCUCGCUUGCUCUGUAUGGACUUAAAACCACACACAUGUGCAAGAGACAGGUCAGCAGCACCCCCUUUGGGGCAUGGCUGUCCUCAGCUGUGCCAGCAAAACUGCCCACCUUCCAUCAGUGGACCUGAUGUGGAAUGGGUCUGUUCUGAGCCACCAUUUUAAGCACGCAGAAGCUGCUUUAUGCACCCUCAUUUUCCUGUGUCGUUUGGAUCCUGGGCAGUUCCACACAAAGGCGGCAGCUGUGCUGCAAAAGAGGAUGUAAGCAUGGGGCUCGGGAGGCGUUGUGAAGAGAGGUGCGUGCCCGAGUUGUCUUGCUAAGCAAGGCACAAGGCUGCUGCUGGCAAUGGCAAGCAAUAGCCCUGCCUGCACAGUGACCAGGGGUUGGCACUCUGCCUUUGUAGGUCUUCCCUACCCCAGUUGUGUGGAUUUCAAAAGUGGCGAAAGGGGCUUCAGGGGUAGAAUGGCACUCCCAGGCAGCUCCAUCUGACUCAAAGAGCUUAGAAAAAGGGCUUCACUUCAUAGUGUCCGGGCAGCUGAGAAUUGCUUCCUUAUCCACCUCUCUCCUGGGAACAGUUAAACGAUGGAGCAGGGGCAGGGCUCAAGUGGCAUAUCCUAAGAUGGUUAGUGAGUGCUAUGCCAAAACAGCUGGAAGAACACCCCAGGCUAAGAGGAGAAGGGUGUGUUGGGAAGAGUGGUAUGGAUGAAGAGGCAGGGUGGAUCAGCACCCCAAGGGGAGUCGUCCUUUUGCCGGGGCAGGCCCUGGUGGGGUUGUUGGGGGAUGGGUAGACCAGGCUGUAAGAGUUGUGCUGUGGUUUAAAAGUUGCAAGGUGAAAAGUUACAUUGAACUUUUAGGGGUGGAGAGUUUAUUAUAUUGUAUUCCCCCCCCCAUUCAUUUACUGCUUCAUUUUGUAAUCUUUUUAAUUAUUCAAAUAAAGUGUUUCUGUGAAUGGA